AUGUCUGGUAACAAUAACUACCAUUCAGACAGUGGGUCGAAUUCGAUUCCUGAAUCUGAAAUUGCAUUCGACGGUACUGCUAUUCGUAAUAUUAACAACAACGCUAAUGCCGAUGUCGUAUCGCAAGCUCCUACUUUCCAAUCGUUUAGAGAAGACGACACUCAAGCCGAUAGACUGACCAGAAUGCUAACAAAUCCAAAUGAAGACGUCAAUUCUUUACACCAAAGGAAAUUCACUAUGGCAGAUGAUGUAGCCUCAAAAGUGGAAUCGUUAGCUGAUAAACUAUCUAAACAUACUACUAGAAACGGAUCCCUGGAUUUAAAUUCUGUCGAGACUGAGGGGUUCAAUGCUCGUGAAAUCUUCGCUUCGUUUGUGAGAGACGCCAACGAACAAAAUAUCCAUAUUCGUAAAGCUGGGGUGAUCCUAGAGGAUAUCGGUUGUCAAGGGUUAGAUUCCUCGGCUUUAGAAGGCGCUACGUUCGGUAAUAUCCUAUGCUUGCCUUACACCAUAUACAAAGGAAUAAGAGCCAAGAGAGGCACGAAGAUGAAAAAGAUUUUACAAAACGUUAAUGCUUUGGCAAAACCAGGUGAAAUGGUCCUGGUGUUAGGUAGACCAGGUGCAGGUUGCUCCUCUUUCUUAAAAGUCACAGCUGGUGAAAUCGAUCAAUUUGCCGGCGGAACAGAAGGUGAAGUCUCUUACGAUGGUAUCCCACAGAACGAAAUGAUGAAACAUUUUAAAGCUGAUGUUAUCUACAACGGUGAAUUGGACGUUCAUUUCCCUCAUUUAACUGUCCAACAAACUUUGGAUUUCGCCAUCGCUUGUAAGACUCCCGCAAAGAGAGUCAAUAAUAUAUCCAGAAGUGAGUAUAUCGCUUCAACAAGAGAAUUAUACGCUACUAUCUUCGGUUUAAGACACACUUAUAACACUAAAGUAGGGAACGAUUUCAUCAGAGGUGUCUCUGGUGGUGAACGUAAGCGUGUCUCCAUUGCUGAAGCACUAGCAGCUCACGGGUCGGUAUAUUGUUGGGAUAAUGCCACUAGAGGGCUGGAUGCCUCUACAGCUUUGGAAUACGCUAAAGCUAUUCGUAUCAUGACCAAUUUGUUAGGGUCUACUGCAUUUGUCACCAUCUAUCAAGCAAGUGAGAACAUCUACGAAUGUUUCGAUAAAGUCACCGUGAUUCAUUCCGGGAGACAAAUCUAUUAUGGUUUGAUUCAUGACGCAAAGAAAUAUUUUACUAAUAUGGGUUAUGAAUGUCCUCCAAGACAAGUCACUGCUGAAUUCUUGACUGCCGUUACUGAUCCUAAUGGGUUCCAUCAAAUCAAAUCGGGCUAUGAACAUAAAGUACCACGUACCGCUGAAGAAUUCGAACAUUAUUGGUUGAACUCCCCAGAAUUUGAAGCUUUGAAAAAAGAUAUCGAAAAUUAUAAAGAACAAGUGAACGCCGAUGACGUGGAAUCUAUGUAUAGAAAAUCUAUGGCUGACGAAAAAUCAAAAUAUGCUAGAACUAAAUCUUAUUAUACUGUAUCAUAUUGGGAACAAGUUAGAUUAUGUACACAACGUGGGUUCCAAAGAAUUUAUGGUGAUAAGAGUGCCACUGUGACAAAUAUCGUGGCUGCUAUCGUUCAAUCCUUUGUUUCGGGUUCUCUAUAUUACAAUGCUCCUUCAAGUACUUCGGGUGCAUUCUCAAGAGGGGGUGUCUUAUAUUUCUGUCUGUUAUACUACUCCUUAAUGGGGUUGGCAAAUAUUAGUUUUGAACAUAGACCAAUCCUUCAAAAACAUAAAGGUUACUCGUUAUAUCAUCCUUCUGCUGAAGCCUUGGCUAGUACCAUCUCUGGUUUCCCAUUCAGAAUGUUAGGUCUUACAUGUUUCCUAAUUAUUAUCUACUUCUUAUCUGGUUUAAACAGAACCGCUCAUUCUUUCUUUAUCGUUUAUUUGUUCUUGACAAUGUGUUCCGAGGCAAUCAAUGGUUUAUUUGAAAUGAUUUCCGCUGGUUGUGAUAAUAUAUCUCAAGCAAACUCUAUUUCUGGUAUUCUGAUGUUGUCUAUCUCCAUGUACUCCACUUAUAUGAUUCAAUUACCUUCCAUGCAUCCAUGGUUCAAAUGGAUUUCUUAUAUCUUACCAAUCAGAUACGCUUUUGAAUCGAUGCUUAAUGCUGAAUUCCAUGGUAGACACAUGAGCUGUGGUGAUACUUUAGUUCCUUCUGGCCCUGGUUAUCAAAACAUUACUGACGCUAACCGUGUUUGUGCAUUUGUUGGUUCUAAACCAGGUCAAUCAUGGGUCCUUGGUGACGAUUACCUAAAUUUGUCUUUCCAAUAUAAAUAUAAGGAUACUUGGAGAAAUUUUGGUAUUAUGUGGUGUUUCCUAUUAGGUUACGGUAUUAUUAAAGCCGUAGUCACUGAAUAUAAGAGACCAGUUAAAGGUGGUGGUGACGCUUUGAUUUUCAAGAAAGGUGCUAAAAGAUUCACAGCCAUUAAUGAUGAAGAAUCUGCUAACGAUAGUAUUGAUGCUAAAGAAAAAUUUUCAAGUAGUGCAAGUAGUGCUGCUGACUCUGCUCCAAUCUUCGAAGAACUUAAGGCUGCAGGUGCAUUCAUUUGGAGAAACGUUUGUUACACUAUCCCAUACGAUGGUGGUCAACGUCAAUUGUUAGAUAAUGUCUCUGGUUACUGUGUUCCUGGUACUAUGACUGCUUUGAUGGGUGAAUCUGGUGCUGGUAAGACUACUCUAUUGAAUACUUUGGCUCAAAGAAACGUUGGUAUCAUUACAGGUGACAUGUUAGUCAAUGGUCGUCCAAUUGACAAAAGUUUUGAAAGACGUAGUGGUUACGUGCAACAACAAGAUAUCCAUAUCGCUGAAUUGACUGUUAGAGAAUCCUUAGUGUUCUCUGCUAGAAUGCGUCGUCCCCAAUCGAUUCCAGAUGAAGAAAAAUGUGCUUACGUCGAAAAAAUUAUUGAAUUACUUGACAUGGAAGAAUAUGCUGAAGCUUUGGUCGGUGCAAUUGGUAAUGGUUUAAAUGUCGAACAAAGAAAGAAAUUGUCUAUUGGUGUCGAAUUAGUCGCUAAACCUGAUGUCUUAUUGUUUUUAGAUGAACCAACUUCGGGUUUGGACUCUCAAUCAUCAUGGUCUAUUAUCCAACUGCUAAGAAAACUGGCUGAGGUUGGUCAAAGUAUUUUAUGUACCAUCCAUCAACCUUCUGCUACUUUAUUCGAACAAUUUGACAGAUUAUUACUACUGAAGAAAGGUGGUCAAACCGUCUACUUUGGGGAUAUUGGUGAAAAUUCUAAGACUCUGUUGGGCUACUUCGAAAGUCAUGGUGCUAGAAAAUGUACCAAAGAAGAGAACCCUGCUGAAUAUAUUCUAGAGGCUAUUGGUGCCGGUGCAACUGCUUCUGUUCAAGAGGACUGGCAUGACAUUUGGGUCAAUUCUGAUAAUUUCGUUAAAUCGAACCAAAAAGUCGACGAAAUGAUUACAGAGCUAUCUCAAAAGAAGGAUGAAUCUGAAGUCGGUUCCGAACCUUCGAAAUACGCUACUUCUUACCUUUACCAAUUUAGAUACGUCUAUUUGAGAACCGCUACUACUUUCUGGAGAAACUUGGAUUAUAUCAUGUCUAAGAUGAUGCUGAUGACCGUUGGUGGUCUAUACAUUGGUUUCACUUUCUAUGAUCCUGGUGACAGUCACAUUGGUCUACAGAAUGCCAUGUUUGCUGCUUUCAUUUCUAUCAUUAUCUCCGCACCAGCUAUGAAUCAAAUACAAGCUAGAGCUAUUGCUGCCAGAGAAUUAUUUGAAGUCAGAGAGUCCAAAUCUAAUAUGUUCCAUUGGUCAUUUGUUUUAAUUUCUCAAUAUUUGAGUGAAAUUCCAUACCACUUACUGUUUUCUGCUAUUUUCUUUGUUUCUUCAUAUUUCCCAUUAAGAAUUCACUUCGAAGCUUCUGCAUCUGCCGUUUACUAUUUGAAUUACUCUGUUAUGUUCCAACUAUAUUAUGUCGGUCUAGGUUUAUUGGUCUUAUACAUGGCUCCUAACUUACAAUCUGCCAACAUUAUUCUGGGUCUAUGUCUAUCUUUCCUAAUCGCAUUCUGUGGUGUCGUGCAACCAAAAUCCUUAAUGCCUGGUUUCUGGACGUUUAUGUGGAAGACAUCUCCAUAUACUUACUUCGUGCAGAACUUAAUUGGUGUUCUAUUGCACAACAAACCUGUCAAAUGUUCUAAGAAGGAAUACAGUUACUUCAAUCCACCAAAUGGACAAACUUGUGGUCAAUACAUGAGUGCUUUCCUAAAGUCCAAUACUGGUUAUAUUGAAAAUCCAGAGGCUACUACUGAUUGUGCUUACUGUAUCUACUCCGUCGGUGACGAAUACUUGUCUUACGUUAAUGCUGAAUAUAGCCACUUAUGGAGAAACUUUGGUAUCUACUGGAUUUACAUUGUUUUUAACAUUUUUGCCAUGAUUGGUGUUUACUACGUAAUUCACGUCAGACAAACUAAACUUCUAGAUCCUUCAAAGAUUACUAAGCUAGUUGGAAAAAUGACAAAAAAGAAGAAAUGA